CGGGCUUAAUUUGUGAUGACCAGUUUAGUACUCUUGCUAGUAGAGGGUUUUGUUCGACGUUCGUAAAAAAAUACCUAACUUUACUUUUUCCUUUGAUAAAAUUUUAUUCUCGUAGGUCACACAUUGUCUUGAUUAUUCAAGACGAUAGUUUAACUCUAUUUAAAUGGCAUUACCUAUAGUAUCUAUCACCAGACGAGAGACGUUUAGUUCAUGUCACCGAUUACACAGUCCAUUUUUAAGUGAUGAAGAAAACAAGAAAUUGUUUGGAAAAUGUAAUAAUCCAAACGGACAUGGACACAAUUAUGUUGUAUUGGUUACAGUGAAAGGCCCUGUAGAUCAACACACUGGGAUGGUCAUGAAUGUUCAUGAUUUGAAACAGUACAUGCAGGCUGCUAUCAUGGAUCCUUUAGACCACAAAAAUUUAGAUCAAGAUGUCCCAUACUUUAAAACAGUGGUCAGCACAACAGAAAAUUUGGCUAUAUUUAUAUGGGACCAACUGCAAAAAAUUAUGGAAAAACCUCAACUGUUGCAUGAAGUAAAGAUUCUGGAGACAGAAAAGAAUCAUGUUGUAUAUCGUGGGGGCUCCACUUACCCCAGGAAGAAGUUUGACAGUUCCAGUCUUCAUCAUAACAAUCACAAUGUCUCCUCAGACUCAGACUGAUUAUUGCAUAAUCUCAAUAUUUUUAUAAUUUGACAUUCAAAGACUAUAUUCAAUGUUUAAUGAUAAAAAAGUAGUUUUGUAAGAAAUGUAUUUUGUAUUUGUUAUAAUUAUAAAUCAUUCCAUGUUUGCUAAUUGACACUUUCCUUUCUUUACUCCUUUAAGAACUUACCUUUUAUGUUGAUAUGUGGCUAAUUUCUAAUGAGCUUUACUUCCCUUCCCCUGCAGAAGUGUAUUUAAAAUGACAUUGAAUAAAUGUUGUGAAAAAAUCAUACUGUUGA